AUGACAAGAAAGAAAGUGAAACUUGCUUUCAUUUCCAACGAUUCCUCGAGGAAAGCAACUUUCAAGAAAAGAAGGAAAGGAUUGCUGAAGAAAGUGAAUGAGCUCUCCACUUUGUGUGGCAUCAAUGCAUGUGCCAUCAUUUACAGUCCGUACGAUUCCAAUCCCGAAGUGUGGCCAUCAAAUGCCGGUGUACAAAGGAUAGUCUCAGAAUUCAAGACGCUUCCAGAAAUGGACCAACACAAGAAGAUGGUGGACCAAGAAACCUUUCUCAGACAAAGGAUUGCCAAAGCGUACGAACACUUGAAGAGGCAAAAGAAAGACAACCGGGAGCUAGAGAUGACCGAAGUCAUGUUCCAGUGUCUAAUCGGAAACAUGGGAAUGUUUCAUAUGAAUAUCAUGGAUCUUAAUGAUUUAGGUUAUUUAAUUGAGCAAUAUCUCAAAGAUAUCAAUCGCAGGUUUGAGAUUUUACAGAGCUCUGGCAUGGAGAUCGGCGAGUCUUCCAAUGCUGGUGCGGACGCGGCUACUUUCGAAAGGAAUGGAUCAAUGGAAGUCAUGGCCUCUACAGCCGCACCAACCACCACAACUAAUGAGGCAGGUGCUUCCUCUUCAUCAUUUGCAGCUUUCUUAAACCCUCUUCAGCAACAACAACAGUUUCGUCAUCCUUCACCAUCUCCACAUGUUGGACUCUAUGAGCAACCUCGAAGUUUGAGUUUAAGUCUGAACCAGAAUUAUGGUCAGAACCAACAACAGUGGUUUAUGGAGAUGGUGAACCAUCCUCAACCAUUGAACUAUGCAGAUGAGCAAAAGGGUUUUCUCUUUAUGGAUGACAACCAGCAUGAUCAUCAACAAACCCUUGGUGAUUCCUCCGCUGCUGCUAGUCCAAGCAGUACGAUCCCUGCCACCAAUCCUAACGAUACCACAUGGUUUCGUUAAUUAUGUGGUUUUACAAGAGUUCAGAGUUUGGUUUUCAAGUUCAAGCAAGCAAACCAUAAUUUGUGUUUUUCAAUU